GAGGGACUUUAUAAAUGAUCCGGGAGAAGUGUUGCUGUAUUAGUUAAGACUGAGAGCACUCAACAGUACAGAGGAAACCCUUUUCUUUAGCCCAUGAUGGGUUACAACAAGCUGUGUUUGUUGCUGCUGCUGCUGAGCAGCUACACACUGGCCCAGGAAGGCAGUGAUAAUAAGCCACAAACUUCAAUGUGUCUGUUGGCAUCUAGAUUCAAGACCUUCAAGAAAUAUAUGUACCAGUACACCACAGACAGCAGAAAUCGUGUGGUGGGCACUACUGACCUGAUGAACGGCCAUAAAGUCUCUUGUCAGGUAGAGAUCGAAGUCCCGCAGACAUGCAGAUUCAUCAUGCACACCAGGGACUGUGCUCUCAAUGAAGUGUCUGUCAUGGAUCCCCAGGGCCAGCCUGUCCACAGGCAUGCACCUGGCUCCAAGGCCUUCCAGGCUGCUAUGGAAAAGAACCCUCUGAAGUUUACUGUGGAGGAUGUAGCCAGUGUUCAGCUGUACCCCGAGACAGACGAGCCAGUCAACAUACUUAACAUAAAGAGAGGAAUCAUUUCAGCUCUCAUUGUGCCAGUCAUGGAGGAUGAACAGAACAGCCUCAUGAGCACAGUGUAUGGCCAGUGUUUAACUGACUACAUAGUGAAUGACAGGAAGGAUAUCGCCACAGAUGUGACACUGUCCAGAGAUCUGUCCCAGUGCGACCGGUUCUACAGCAGAGAACUAGUCAACAGCCCCCUGGCCCUGUUGCAAAAGCUGCAUCGCCCCAUGUCUAAGCUGAUAACAAGCACUCAAGAUUGCAAUUACCAGUUUGAUAACAAGGGAAAGCACAUUACUGCAGCCCUGUGCACAGAAAAACACAUCUACCUGCCAUUUUCCCACAAGGACAACCAAAUAUCAUCCGUGGUAACCCAGGAUCUCAGCUUUCGAAGCUUCAAAAGGAUAAACAACAAAGUAUUUGAAGUGAACCCCAGCCAGAGCAAGCCCCUCCACUUUGAAGACCCUGAAGAUAAAGCUCUAGUCCAGAUGAAAGAUGCCGUUCUGAGUACCCUACAGGAUCUGUCAGCUUUGGCUGGCACAGACCAGGGUCAGAAGAGAACCAGCCUUUUUCAUAAGCUUGUUUCCAGCCUCCGCGUCCUGAAGAAUGAAACCCUGAGCCAGUUGGUCACCGAAAUGAUGGAUGUGUCAGGCUGGCUCACCUGGCAGGCUCUGUUCCAGUGUGGAACCACAGAGUGCACCAGUGCCAUUCUCAAGGCUAUCAGGACCAUUGAUGGGUUGUCAGUAGAGGUGGAUGCUCUAGUUUAUUGGCUGAGUCUACAAGCAAACCCUGAUGCCUUACGUGUGCGAGAUAUGCUCAGCAUGGCUCAGUAUAAACAGAGCAGAGCAAUCAUGUAUGCUCUAGCCAACACAGUCAAGAAGUUCCAUAAAGCAGAAGUUACACCAGUGGUCACAGAUGUGUCAGUGUUCAUGGAAACACUCCUAAAUGACUGCUUGGGAGGAAUCCUUGAUAACGAUUCUGAGAUGUCCUUCCUUGUACUGAGGGUUGUUGGUGUCAUGGGUCAAGCCAUGCAAGCUGUCAGUCCCAGCCUGAUUUCCUCCAUUUUGCGGUGUGCUAAGAGAACAGACAUCCCAUUAUCAAACCAAAAGGCAGCUAUACAGGCCUUUAGGAUGAUGGAAAUUAAUGAUGAGGUCAGAAAAAUUUUUUGGGAGGUGUACCAGGAUGUUCAAAGCCCUAUAGAAAAACGUGUAGCAGCCUACCUGAUUCUCAUGAAGAACCCAGACCGAGCCCUGCUUAGAGACAUUCUAAAUGGUUUGGCAAAUGUGAGGGAUGAGCAGCUCAAGAGCUUUGUGGUCUCCCACCUAAAAAACAUCUGCGACUCCAGCGAGCCACAAAUGCAUGAACUUAAGGAGGACAUUGAGUUGGCCUUGAAAGACCAGCUAUCACCAACAAACAAAGUAUUUGAUGGCAUGUCACGCAACUACAAAAAAGACUCUCCCUUGGGUUCAGUGCAGAGUAACAUCAUCUUUAAUGCCACAAACACCUUACCUAAGGAAGUGAUGCUUGAGACCACUCUAAAGGUUUUUGACUACAACUAUGACAUCUUUGAGGUCAAUGUUGAGGGAACAGGAUUCGAACCAACAAUUGAUGCUCUCUUUGGAGAAAAUGGUUUCUUUCCUAAUUCCAUCUUCAAAGUCAUGUACUGGGCAGAUGACAAAGCCAAGAUGCUCAGAGAGGUUUUGGAGAGAACUGCCCCUCAAAGAUACAGAAUGAAGAGAGAGGUCCCACAGGAUCUCAUGAAAGACAUCGCAAACAGUGUCCAGAAGCUCAUGGAUGAAGUCCGUUUCUCUCCAACCCCUGAAGCCAUCGCUUAUCUUCGGCUUUUGGGAGCUGAGAUCGGAUAUAUGAAGACCAGCGACUUGAGAAACAUGGCUAAGACUCUGUCCAUGUACUAUGAUGUUUUCAUCAGGGUGCUUCCUUUAAAGGCCUUUUUGGCAUGGACAUCUGGCACUGAAAAUGAAGUCUUUGCCCACUAUAUCUUCAUGGAGAAUGCCUUCUCCUUACCCACUGCCACUGGCUUCCCUUUGAAGUUCUCACUGGCUGGUGUGUUUGCACCUGGUGUCAAAGGAGGCCUGACUCACUCACCUGCUAACUCACUGACUGACUUGUCCUUCAUGCCUUCAGUUGGGCUAGAGAUUAUCACCAAAAUGGGUGUGCACAUUCCAGACUAUGUGGAGGCCUGGAUUGAGAUAGACACUAAUUUGUAUCAUGAGAGUUCCCUUAAUGCUAAGGUCACCAUGAGUAGAAACCAGAUGCGACUGUCCAUCCGUGCCCCUGAAUCAAACACUCAGCUGUUCAGCAUUAGCAACAAGCUGCUGUCAGUGUCCUCUGGUCAAACACCAAUAGUGCCAUCCCUGGUGGAGGACCAGACUAACUCAGGUGACUGUCGUCACCUUUUCAGUGGUCUGAAAUUGUGCACAAUUGUGCAAUACUCCAAUGCUACUUCCAUGGACCAGGCCCAAUAUUACUCCCUGACUGGAGAAAGCAGGUUUGCAGUUGAAAUCCAGCCAACAGGGGAAGUUUCAGAGUAUACUGUCACCAUCGCUGAUGAAACGGUCAGAGAGGGUAAAAAAGAUCGUCAUAAGGUAGACUCUCUGAAGCUUACCCUGAAGGCAGAAGGGUCUCAUUCAUCCGAGGCCACUGCAUCUCUGAAAUACAACCGCAACCAGAACACUCUCACCACUGACGUUGUAAUUCCCAACUACGAUGUGGAAGCAGGCAUCAAGCUGGCUAUAACUGACAGUGAUGCCAAAGAAAAGAAGAUGAGAGGUAUCACCAUUGAUGUCACCAACAGAAACAUCCCGCAACUGACUUUUGUUGGACGCACAAGUUUUAAAUGUAGACUUGACAUGAUGAAGGAAGCCACGCUGCAACUCCUACUGGUCAUUCCGUCUCUGAAAACCGAUGCCUCCAUCACUGCAACCCUGAAGAGGGAUGAGGAUGUGCUCAUGGACUUGGAGACACUCAUCAACCUCCCUGAGACAUCCUUCCAACAGAAAGUUUUCCUCAAAUACAGUGAUGACAAGUUUGUGGUGGAACUGAAAUCUGAUCUGAAUUCAGAGAUUCAAAAAGUAAUCCCAAAUAUGGAGGAUCAUCAUAAGCAGCUUCUUAACCUCAUUGAUCAUAUCCUGGACCAGAAAGUGGCAAAGACUGAUAUGAAACUGCGUCACAUAGUCACCAAAGGACUUGAGGCAGGUGAUAUAUGGUUAGACAAACUGAUACCGCGCAUACCCUAUCUUGCUAACCUACGAAGUAAGAGGAGCAUCUCAGAUCUCACCCUACCUGCCCUGCCUGAAAAACUGUAUCUGCAGUUUGACACCUUGUUCCAAUAUCAGUUCAACAAGUAUAAGAUGGCCUUCUCACUUCCUCUUCCACAUGGAGGCAAACAGUCAGAAGACCUGAACAUCCCAACCACUCUGUCUAUUCCCCUUAUAGGUUUACCAAGCAUAGGCCUAUAUAUUCCUGCUAAAAAUUAUCCACUACCAUCAUUCACUAUACCGCCUUCUUUGGAUUUUACUCUUCCUCUUCUCGGUCUGGCUGAGGCAUCCACCAAGAUAAACAGCAACUUCUACAGCUGGGAAGGCUCCAUCUCUGGGGGCAACAACACUGUCAGUGUCCCAAGCUACAUUGUACAGUAUAAAUCUUUGGCACAAUCACCUUUCAACCUACUGUCCUACAAGCUUGAAGGAAUCGGAAUGAUGUCAGGAAGAGACGACGACAAUCUCAAGUAUCUUCUGAAUAGUUCCUUCAGCCAUAGCCUCAUUGACACAAGUAUCAGUGUCUUAGAAACAUUAAGGGUAACUAAUAAAUUAAAUGCAAGAGCUAACUAUAAGAUUGAAGCCUCUAGUUCAGUAGGCCUACAAGCCUUUCUCUACUAUUCUGCUCAGUCAACCUCAACUCUAGAUUCAGAUGAAGUCUCGGGAGAUGGCACUGUGGAUGGAUCACUUAAAAUUGGUUCAUUCUACACCAACACCUCCUACACCCACAACUACAAUGUGCGUCCACUAGAUAGAGAAGGAAGAGGAGAGUCCACCCUACACUUUAACUCACCAUUCAUCAAAGUUCACAACAUGAUCUAUGGAACCUACACAAACUCUGUGUUGAACAUUGUUUCCAAAACCAAUACCCAGGAUGAUGCCCUCAAGCAUUUAGCAGAGCUCAAAUAUAAAGAUGCACAACUGACUCUGAAGCUUAAUGCUAUUGCCACUGCCAUGGGCAAUUCACUUAGUAACAAGGUUGAGCUUGGUGUGUCCAGUCACAUGGCCAUCCUCAGAAUUGAGUCACAGGCAGAUGAUGACAUACAUAGGGCAUACUCACUUAUAACAGGAUCCCUGGAUUCAGAUGGGCUUAAGGUAAACUCUGACGGUUCCCUCACCUUUGACACAGGUCGUGGAUUACACAAAGCUUCUGUUAUGGCUGACAGACAUGGUCUGACCACAAGUGGAACUAACAGCUUUCAGUGCAGCCCUAUCACAGUAGAGAAUAUCUUCCAUGGCGCUAUAGACAACAAUGGAGCCUCCCUGUCCUCCAGGACAAAAGCAAUGGCUGAGGAGAGCAGAGGAGAGCUGAACAUUGAAGGUAAAAUCACAGCUGCAGAAGCUUCUUUGAAUGGUAUUCUCAAGGCCAAUGCAUAUGAUACAGCCACAAGAAACAACAUGGAUAUUGUUCUAAACCGAAGGGCUCUGACCUUUACUAGCUAUAGCACUGGAACAUUGAAGCAGAUGAAUACAGAAAAUAGCCACACGCUGACCCUCACUCUGUGGACCCUAGCCCUUCACUCCAAGACUAACAACGUUAUCUGUGAAGAUAUUUACUAUAAGCAAGACACCAAGGUUAAUAUGAAACCAUUUGUAAUGUCAUUUGAUGUGACAAAUUAUCUCAAGUUUUAUGAUGUUACUUUGAACAAUGAAGGCCACAUGAAGCUUGAGCCAGUUAAGGUUGACCUUAGUGGAAGUAUGAAGGGAUCUUAUGGAGAAGAACACAACAUUAAACAUAUCUAUGAACUCAAGUAUGAUGAUAUGGCUGGCACAAUGAAAUACAGUACGUUUGGAAAUGUAAUGGAUGCCCAGCUAAGUCACAACUGUGAACUUGAGUUUGCUGGACUUUCCUCCAAGUCAAACUGUGAGGCACGGAUAAAUUCUGAACCUCUAUCUUUUGAAAGUACUAUUCGCACCAUGGCACUGCCUUUUAGCCUCACGGUCGAUGUGCUUGUCAACAGUGAUGGUGAAAUUAAUAUAUAUGGGAGGCACACUGGACAGCUAUACAGCAAGUUGUUAAUUAAAGCGGAGCCCCUAGCUGUUGCAUAUUCGCAUGACAGUCGGGUAUCAAUCACACAUAUGCUUCCAAAUGGGGAUUUUUCCACCAAUUUAGACAACAAAUUUGAUGGCCUCCUGACUCCAAGUGACCAAUCUCUGACCUGGAAAGUGAAAUCUAAACUAAACAAUCAUGCUUACAACCAGGACAUUGGUACUUACAAUAAUCCUGAGAAGAUUGGAUUUGAGUUGUCAGGAAUAAUGUUAACGGACAUUUUCAGCAAAAUGAGCGAAGAUAAGAUUUCAGAUAUACAAGAAUUUAGUAUAGCUGGUUUUCUCAUUUAUGACAAGAACAGUGACUGUCAUAUCAUUUACAUCCCAUUCAUUGAGAGCUUUCCUGUUGCUUUUGAGCAGCUGAAGAAUACAUUUGUGCAAGCCUUAGAAUCACUUCAACAGUUCAUCAACAGUUUAGACUUUAAUCAGCUAAUCACAGACUUUAGAGCCAAGUUGGAUCAGCUACCAAUGCAAGUGGGUGACUUCAUGCGAGUCACAGGCAUAGAGAACAAAGUGAAUCAAGUAAAAGCAAAACUGGAUUAUUUGAUCAAUGAAUUUGCUGUAACAAUGGAUGACUUUGAGGUCGCAAUGAACAACUUGAGAAAGAACAUGGAAAAUAUUGUAAUGAACAUUGCCACCAAAAUUGGUGAACUCAUCCUUACAGUCAAAGACUAUGUUAAGACCAGACACUUUGCUGACAAGAUAACAAAUAUACUUUCACAACUUGGAAAUAAGCUUUGGGAAUUAAAUGAAAAGUAUCAGAUCAAGCAGUCACUUGUCAAAGCACUUGAUGCCAUCGAGGACAUUAUCGGACAGAUUGACUUACAGAAGCUCACAGAGGGCAAUGCCACAUGGCUGCGAGAACUUGAUUUUAAAUAUGGAAUCUUGGGGAAAAUCAAAGACAAACUGUCCAAAAUGAAACAUGCCACUGAGAACUUUGACAUCCACAUGUUUUUCCAAAAUAUAAAAGACUACCUUCUUUCAAGUGAUUUGAUCAUGUAUGUUGAGCAGCUAUCAUAUAAAACCCCCUCUUUGGAGAUAGAGAAAGUGAUGGAAUCUAUAAAUGAUGUUAUUGUCAGCUGGAUUGAUGAAUAUGAAAUCCCCAACAAAAUCAAUACAAUGUAUUCUUACAUUAGGGAUCUAAUUGUAAAAUAUGGUCUUGAUGAUAAAUUCAAAGAAUUAAUGGAUCAGGUAGUGAUUCUCAUUGAGGAAUUCAAGAUUGAAGAGACUGUGCAGUCAAUGGUAGAUGCUCUGAAAUUUCUUGACUUUGAAUUUGUGUAUGAUAAAAUUAUGCAACUUCUACACAGCCUGAAAGGACAGCUAAGAACAACUGAGUUUAGGAAAAGCAUUAAUGACCUCAAUAAACAAAUUUCUUCAAUGCUUAAGUCAAUGAAGGAAUUUGACUACAGUGCAUCCAUUGAUGAGACCAACAAGAAGUUUGCUGAAGUAGCAAACUAUAUCAAUGAGCAGAUUAAAAUGUAUGAGAUUGUGCAAAAAAUUGAGGCAGUUAGGAAAUUUUUCAGAGAGAUCCAAAGUACCAUCUUUGCAUAUUUGGAUGAACUCAAAAACACAAAGGUUGCUGAUGCUCUAAAGAAGCUGAAAAAUGUGAUUGACAAUACAUUUUAUAAUGACAUCAAGAUGAAAAUGCAGGACAUCCUUGAGGACAUGCGUCAAAGAAUCCUUGACAUGGAUAUCAGAAAUGAAAUGUACAUUUACCUCGAAAGAGCAAGUGAAUCCUACAGCAAUGUGACUGCCUACAUUUCUACACAGUUUAACCAACUGAUUGAGAAGAUCAGAGAAGUGGCCAGCCAAUACGAGUUCAUUACCCAGAUGCAGCAAACUAUAGAUGGAGUUCUGGAUGCACUUAAAAGAGCUGAGAUUGCAGUUCCCACUUUUACUGUACCUUUCACUAACCUUGUCAUUCCAGCAUUUACAAUCAACCUGAACAAACUGCAGGAAAUAAGAAUCCCAGCUCAAAUUUCAGUCCCUGAGGUCACCGUCCUCAACUCCUACAAAAUUCCUGCUUUCACCAUAGACUUUGAUGAAAUCAAAGCAGAUAUAAUUGCAAUCAUAGAUAACAUCAGAGAAUUUGAGAUUCAAAUGCCUGACCCUGAGGUAUUCUUUGGUGAUCUUAAAGUUGUCUAUUUUCCUAAAGUACCAGAUCUCACCUUCACAGAAAUAAGUCUCUCAGAAAUCAAAUUUCCAGUCCUCAGCAUUACCAAAUUAAAUCAGAAGGGUUUUGAAAUCACAAUGCUUCCAAUUCCAGAGAUAAAAUUACCUGAUGUUCCCAGUGACAUUUGUAUCCCAGCUUUCGGUAAACUCCAUGGAGAAUUUAGAGUGAACUCCCCACAGUACACUCUUGCAACUAUAGGAAAGAUUGACAACUCAACAUCUACACCAAAAAACCCACAGUUUACUGCCACUAUUACUUCUCGUGCCAAAUCAGCCAUCAAGCCCCUCGAAUACACCUUUGAAGCCACUGCUCAGUUGGAAACUCCCAGAAUGAAGAAGCUGCUCUUCACAGAAAUAAUGAAAGCCACGCAUGUGGCCUUCUCCAUUGAUCACGAAGGAUCCCUAACACUCACCGGCUCAUCUACUGAGGCUGCUGUUAAGACUACUACCAAGGCCACAACCCAUAUGUACACAGCAGACUUGGUCAACAAAAUGACACUUACAUUGAAGAAUGGAAUCUCUGCAACCAUAGACACAACCUACAACCACAACUUGGACAUCCUAUCAAUUGAAACUUCUAGUCAGGCAUCAAUAAAACAGAAUGUAGCAGCCAUCAUGGAAUUAGGCAGAAUUACUAUGACCGGUGAAACUUCUGGUAAUGGAAAGUGGUCCAUUCAAGACUACUCUGAUGAAGGUACACACAAUAGCAAUGUAAAAUUAAACAUUGAUGUUAGCACUGCCACGUUAACUUUUGUAGGACAAACAGACUGUAAGGCUAUGAAAACAAAGCAAAUAUUGACUGCUGAAUCAGUGAUCUUAAACCACAUCACAGUUGAAGCAAGAUGUGAAACUGAGGUUCCAUUUGUCAAGAAGAGUGUUAUGGUUUUAAAUGGAGAGACUGAUAUUGGGAACUUGAAAGUUGCAGUGACAGCCUCUCAUAAUGCUGAACUCACUGAAAGUCUGACUGGAUUCAUUGCAAACUCGCUGGAAUUCAUGACCCAUCCAUUUGAGACUGUACUUGAUGUUAAGAAUAAAGUAAACUUAAAGAUGUUCUUUCCCCUGAAACUUACCGGUAAGGUGGAUCUCCAGCAUGAUUAUGGUGUUACACUAAAUUCUGAGAAGCAGCAUGCUUGUUGGUUUGCUUUGGCAAGAUUCAACCAGUACAAGUAUAACCACAAUUUCACUGCAGAAAACAAUGAAAUGGACUUCCUUCUCCAUUCAUCAGCUUCUGGAGAGGCUAAUUUGGACUUUUUGACUGUUCCUCUAUCUAUCCCAGAGAUAGCUGUGCCUUAUCUUAAAAUUAAAACCCCUGAGAUCAGAGACCUCUCACUUUGGAAAAAUGCUGGAUUCGAAACCUUGCUUACCACUCCUCAACAGUCAUUUGAUAUGAACCUGAAGCUUCAUUACUACAAGAACCCUGAUACACAUGGCUUUGAAUUAUACCUUGAACCAAUUUACAGUGCAAUAAAUGACAAUGCCAACAUCAUCAAUGCUCAAUUUGAACAAAGUAGAGACAUAGUAGUUGGACUUCUAAAAGAUUCUUACAACCAAGCAAAGUCACAGUACAUCAAACACAAAAUAGACACUUCUAGUCUGCCCCCUAGGAUCUUCGCUGUCCCUGGAUACAAAAUACCAAUAUUCAAUGUUAAAGUUUCUGCUUUCAGGGCUGAGAUGCCAGCCUUUAGCUACUUUUUUCCCAAGGAGGUUAGUACACCAAGCUUUAGGAUUCCAGCACUGGGUUUCUCUGUGCCAUCCUAUACCCUUGUGCUACCAUCUUUGGAAUUACCCGUGAUCUAUGUUCCAGAAAUGUUGAGUGAAAUAAAGCUGCCCACUUUCACACUUCCAGCCAUUCAAAACAACAUUUUGAUCCCAGCCAUGGGAAACAUCACUUGUGAUUUCUCCUUCAAAUCUACUGUGAUUUCCUUAAGUACUAAUGCUGGCCUUUACAAUGUGACUGACAUUGUUGCUCAGUUCAGUGCUUCCUCAACAUCUAUCUUUGAAAUUUUGAAUGGAAAAAUUGAUGGUACCUGUAGUGUAAGAGUUAAUCCCUAAUCAAGUAAAAAUGUUAUACUGCAUAAGUUGAUUAAGAAACAAAGCCAUAUAACCAUCAUAUAACCAUGUUUUAUGUAUAAGGUCUUAUAAAACCGAUUGAAAUGCAUCUAUAUGUGUUAAAGCACUGUUAUACAUGUUAAAGUGUUCACAAAUUAGAGUUAUGAGUCGACAUUGUAUUCACACUACAGAGCACACACAUAACCUAUCAUGUUCUGUAUAAUGAUAGCACACACACAUUCAAAUGUUUGUACUACCUGAUGCACAUUGAAAGGUUCAUAUUGCAUGAGAGCACAAGGGACUGCAUAAAGAAAGUCCCUAGGAUUCACAUGUUUUUUAAAAAUAAAGUAAAAGCAAAAUUGAAGCUAAGGGUGGGAGAUUUGGGAAAUUCCAGGCUCAAAACUGAAAGUGAUACACCAUUAAAAUCGGGCCUGUUCACGAUUGGACAAAAAGAAAAAGAUUGCCACCAAUAGCUUUGCAUUGAAGUGGGAUGGAUUAGCAGAAGGACGUGGAGACUCUCUCCAGUCUCCACCAGCAUAAAAGCAGACACGCUGAAAGUAGAUUUUCAGUCCAGCUCCGGGGCUUGACUCGAUGAGUUGUAUGUGUUGAAGCUUGUGAACACAUUAAACUCGAUUGCAUCGGA